AUGCCGGUGGCGCUGCUCGAGGACUGGUGCCACAGGAUCAUGGGUGUGGAUGAUCAGAAGUCGCUGAUGGUAAGUGGCAUCCUGGAGGACUACCCUGAGGCCCGUGGCUGGCCCAGACCACCUGGGAAGGUCUUCUGGAAGAUGCUAGUGCUCCUGGAGGACCCCAGUGUCUUAAGGAUCCCCAGCGAGGUGCAGGGAAAGGGGAGUGUCUGGAAAAUGAUCUUAAACCCCGGCUCUGAGCUUCUCGAAAGACUAAAUCUCUUUCUGCAAGAGGGGCAGACAGUGUCAGGGAUGUUUGACUCUGGGGCACAGGGAGGGUCUCUGGCCACUGUCCCCUGCAUCUCCCCAGAGCUAGUAGCCCAUUUGUUAGGACAGGCAAUAGCACGUGCCCCUUGGCCCCUGCUGCCUAUGCAGUAUCAGAAGUUGAGAGUCUUCUCGGGAAGUACCACUCCUGCCCCAGAGGAGGAGCCCUUUGAGGCCCCCAAGAUAGUCAAAGAAUGGUCUGUCCCAGAGGCUAAAAAGAAGAGCAGGUUGUUGGAGAGCCUAUGGGGUCCCGCCCUGGCCCUCCUGCACAUAGUCCAGGCUGACAAGCCAUGCACUGGCCUGCAAACCUUUCUGGAUGCCUGCACACAGGUGUUCGGCAGCGCGGAGAGCUGAGCCCCAGGUCUCCCAGGUGAGGUGAGGGCCUACCAGGAGGAGGGGGAGAAAGCCUACGUGCUACAGGUGGAAGCCCUGCUGUAGACUGCCAUGGCAAAGCGGGCCACUCCCAGGAACAUCGCUGAUGUUUAAAGGAAUAAAAAAAAAAGUCCGCUGGAGCAGAUUAUGGAGGCCAGUCUCAGCAAGGGCCUCUGGUGUCACCUCAGGGAGCUGAAGGACCAGGAGCAACCACCCAGUUUCCUGGAGUAGAUGAAGGUGAUAUGGAAAGAAGAAAAAGAGGCUUCCUUUACAAAUGAGAAUAUUGGGAAGCCACAAAAAGGCAGUGGCUUGGGCCACUGGAAGGAAAGAGGACUGAAGGCCUGCUAG